CUUAAAGACCUAAAGCAAAUGGAAAAAAACAUAGCAAUCACCUUAUGCAAGUUGGAACGCAUAUUCAUUCCUGCUUUUUUUGAUGUGAUGAUACAUCUUCCUAUACACUUGGCUACUGAAGCUAGACUAGCAGGGCCUGUACAUUAUCGUUGGAUGUAUCGCUUUGAAAGGGCAAUGCGAACAUUUAAGUUAUUUGUGCGGAACAAAGCUCACCCGGAAGCUCCAAUUGCUAACGGGUACAUUGAAAUGGAAUGUUUGACAUUUUGCUCGAGAUAUAUGUCUAAGAUUGAGACGAUAUUCAAUCGCCCUGAUCGAAAUGAUGACAUUAGCCAUUCUCAACCGUGUAACUUGUCCAUCUUCUCUAUAACGGGAAAGACUUUGGGGAAGACUAGUCUAAGACAAAUGACUGUUGAAGAGAGACGAGAAGCUCAACUUUAUGCAUUGUUUAACUGUGAUAAAGCACAACCUUUCUUGACUGAGUAUGAAAACGAGCCGAUCUCUCAAAAAAUUGACCUUUGCAAGUGGUUUGAAAAUAGAAUUGCAAAGCUUUGGAAAGAAGAGGAUCCUAGAGUUACCGAAGAGUUGUUGUGUUUAGCACGUGGACCGAUGAAAAAAGUUGUCUCUUUUGAUGGAUACGUCAUUAAUGGAUUUAGAUUUCACACCAGAAAACGGCAAAGAAAUCGAAAAACUCAAAAUAGUGGUGUAGUUGUGAAAGGGGACGAGGAAAGCGGACAAAAGGAUUUCUAUGGGAUUUUAGAGGAGGUUGUUGUGCUAGAGUAUGAUGCCUUAAAGAAUCGAAGUAGUCCCAAAAUUGUGUUGUUUAAGUGUAAGUGGUUUGAUGUGUUCGAUGAGGAAAGAGGGAUCAAAAAAGGUAAUUUAGGAGCAGUGCUUAUCAAUGUUCAUCGGAGGUUGAAAACCAAUGAGUCAUUUGCAUUAGCUUCUCAAAUUGAGCAAGUGUUCUAUGUAGCUUGUCAUAAUGAACCGCAAUGGAGAUUUGUUAUUAAAGCUAAUCCACGAAACUUUUUCGAUUUCCCUAAUGACGAAGAUGCUCAAGAAAUGGAAUCAUUAUGGGAACAUGCACAAUCACAUGUACCCAACUAUGAAGAUAAGCAAGAUGGAGAUAUCCCUUUAGUGAGAAAUGAUGUUGAAUUUGAGGUGGUUGAUGCUCCUAUUGUAGAUGAUGAUCAUAUGAAUGAAAUAGAUGGUGAACAUGAGGAGAAUGAAGAUGAUGAAGCAAGUGAGGAUGAGUUUUUCGAUACAGAGUCUAUCUUGCAAGAUUUUGACAAUGAUCUUGAUGACGAGGGAUCUCAAAGUGACAGCUCUACUGAUUCACCAACUAGUGAAUGACAACUCAUCCUUGUGAGCGACAACUGGUAUAGUUUAUCAGGAUAUUGUAUAAAAUUAUGAUUUUGCCUUUGAUUAUUAGUUUAUUAACAAUUUACAAUUUUGAUAUUGGCGAAAUGGUGCUUGUUUUUACAGUGUGUGAAGAAUCGCGACAGUUCUAGGAAGAGCUGCAAUUGAUAAUUUUGAGGAAUUAUGUUUGAAGUGACUACUUUUAAAUUAGCAUACAAGGGAAUUUACUUUUUUUUUUGUUAUAGUCUGUGUUUGAAUAACUGGUGUUAUUAUGAUUUUUUUUCUUCUAAUGUGUUUAUUUAAUUAUAGUGACUUUAUUACAAUUUUUUAAGUAUGUUUUUUUUAAUUAUAAUGAUUUUUAUUGAAGUAUAUAGAUAACUAUUACUAUUGUUAUAGCCGGUUUGUGAA